AAUCCAAGGUCAGUAAUAAACGGGAGUUGAAAUAAACUAGGGGUUUAACAAAUUAGGAGGAGCAGAUCCUUAUGAAGUUUAAGAAUGGCAAAAAGUAAUUUCAAGGAGAUUUCAAAUUUCUAAUUUGUUGUCUAAAAUUUUUCAGUACAGCGUUGGAGGGUCCUGAACAAGGACUGUGUGUUGUUGCCGUUGUCGUCGUUGUGUUUUGGGUGCAGCGUGGCGUCCCUCCUCGAAGUGUCUUCUGUUAAUAUGGCUAUCAGACAAGAUCCGCGUCUUAUUGUAGUUGUAGUUUGUGCUGUCGCCCUAGCUUAUUGGCUUAUAGUUCCUCGGGGCGAUACAAGAAGUGCAGUCAAAAAUAAAGUUGGAGACAAAAAGGAAAGCUCUGUGCACAAAGGCAAGGACGAGGCAAGACCAGGAGGGCAUCAUGCUCACGAGGGGCUGGGUCUUGGUCAUAUCGAUCACAUGAGAAGUGCUACACAAAUCGAAAGCAAAAGGAUGACUGAUCAGGAAAAAAUUGCACGUUUGCAAAAAGAUUUCGAAAAUGCUCAAAAAGAAAUUGAAAAACUGAAAGAUGAACUAAUUUCAAAGGAAGGCCUACUGCAACAGGCCUCGGAAAAACAAAAGGAGGCUGAAAGUAAACAAAAUGUUGAAAGCAAGAAGUCAGUUAGCACACAGACUGAUGGAUCUAUCAAAUUCAAAGCCUUUUCCGGCCACAGGAUUUUUCAUCUUGAUCUUAAAGGAUCUGCUCCAAAAUUAUCUUAUCUUAGAAAGCUUAUCCCAUUUCUAAAAAGCUAUGGGGUAACUGGAAUACUUAUGGAAUACGAAGACACAUUUCCUUUUGAAGGUGAUCUAAGUAUACUGAAGUCAAAGGAUGCCUACACAAAGGCAGAAAUACAAGAACUUCUUGGUAUUGCAAAGGAACUCGAGCUGUUAGUGAUACCGUUGAUGCAAACAUUUGGUCAUCUUGAGUUUGUUCUGAAACACAAGAAGUUUGCACACUUGAGAGAAACUGAAAAAAUAACUAAUUCAAUUUGUCCAUUGAAUAAUGAUUCAAGAGUAUUGAUAAAGAAAAUGAUUAAACAGAUACUCUCAUUGCAUGAGAAUGCAGAUUGGAUUCAUCUUGGGGGUGAUGAGGUGUGGAAUUUGAAAUCUUGUGACAAGUGCAAAGAAAGCCCCAUGUCCAAGGCAGAUCUCUUUCUACACCACAUGAUCCCAUUAUUUGAGUUUGUAAAAGAAAACACACAUGGGAAGACCUUACCGAUAAUUUGGGAUGAUAUGAUGAGAAACUGGAAGGUUGAUCAACUGAAAUACAUUGCAAAACAUGUUCAGCCUAUGAUCUGGGCCUAUGUUCCAGAUCUGAAGAGUUACUACAAGUUUCCAGUUGGGAUGUGGGACAGGUAUUCUCAAGCAUUUUUGAAAGUAUGGAUUGCAAGUUCAUUCAAAGGAGCUGACAAGCCUAUAUCUAACUAUGUGCCAAUUUCAAAUCAUGUUCAGAAUCAUUUGUCAUGGCUUAAAAUUAUCUCAUCAUUUCCGAAAAACAUCCAAGUAGUUGGGAUAACACUCACUGGGUGGAGCAGAUUUGAUCACUAUGCAUCGAUGUGCGAGCUUCUUCCAGCUGCCAUCCCAUCAUUAGCAUUUUGUCUAUCUGCUCUUCAAAAAGGAUACUUUGAUGAAGAGCUUCAAAAAACUGUUUCGGUUAGGCUUGGCUUUAAAAAGACUUUACCAAUUUCAGUCACCAACUUUAAGGCUUUAGAAGUUGAGUCUGGCAAUUUUCCUGGCAGUGAUGUGUUUGAGUUAGUUUCAAAAUUUGAAAAGGCCAAUGGAUGGUUCAAUUCAGGAAAAGUGAGAGAAAAUGGUUGGCUAGGGCCAUUUAAUGUUGAGGAUAAUCACCUAAGUGCUAUCAAAUUGAAACUAUUGGAAGGUCAGCUGAUGCUUGUAUUGACAUACUGAAGAAGUUGGAGCCUCAAGCAGACACUGUGCUCUCAAAGUAUUUCAGCAAUAGAGUGGUAAAUGAGUGGAUCAAUGACAAGAUCAAAAGGAAGCUGAUGGAAGCAAAGGCAAUGAGAGAAAAUGCAAUCAAAAUCAUAAAGAAACAUCAAUUGUAGUUUUGAAACAUUUUUUGAGGGAAAACUUUGAUGAAAAUGCAUACAUUUCACAAAAUGCACACAGUUUCAAACUUUAGCUACAUGUCCAAAUUUGAAGUGGUUUGUAAUUACUUGGGUCAAAAGAAAGAAUUGAAAAAAGUGUUGAAACCAUAAUAACCUAUUUGGUUUUUUUUACAAUUUGGACCAAGUGAUCCACAAAAAGGACAAGAGUAUCUCUAAAUGUGAACAAAAUUGUUAGAUUUAUUGCAUAAUGUACAUUGAAAGGUCUUUGAGUUUGGUAAAUGGAGUUAAGGACAGAUAAAAAUUACAGUGCUUUGAUAAGGAAAGUGAGUUAUUUCAAAAUCACCCAGAGCUGAAUAGAAAUUUUGUGAGUUUAAAUUUUUUGAUGCCAUAAACCUUUAAGAGCUAAAGCAUUCUAAAAAGUUAUUACUGCUUCGAGGAUUUUUUGCUGAAUAAAAUCUUCCCUCGCAUACAGAGAAAUUUUAAAAUUUUUCAAGGUUUUUUUUUAUUACCAAUUUAUGACAUUAAUAAUGCAGGGUAUUUACACUUUGAAUUAUGGAAAAUUACAAGGAAAUACAUCUGUAGAAUUAUACUUUGUUGAAUACAAUGCUCAUUUUUGGUCUAACUUAUGUUAAUUCAAUAAUCCAGCGAUUCAAUUUAUCUAAGUGAAAAGAAGUCGUAUUUUAUUUCUUGCAAAGACACUGGAGAAGAGCAUAAAGCAGACUAUCAGUAAAAUUUCAGAUUGUGAAGAACGAGACUUCUCAGUUCUUUAUAAUUUCAAUUUAAUCCAUUCACGUUUUUAGUAUCUUGCUGAGAGUGUUGUUACAUCGCAUAACUCCUAGUUUUCAAGCUUUCUCUUUUUUUCGUUGAGCCAUUUGUCAGAUUAAUUAGACAAUGCCUUUUUAAAUAGUUAUAAUGGCCUUAGUAAUUUUGAACUUAUUUAUUGAUGUUAUAGAAAUAUGCCGCGAAAGGUAAUCUUUAAUGUAUUACCAAUAAUUUUAUUAACUUUUUGCUGAUAA